UGGCCAGCGGUGCUCCUGUCUCGCCCACGCGGGAGCUUGUAGGCGCAGUCCCUGUUUUACCCCGCCCCGCGCUGCUUGAGAGGCUGAGACUGAGAGGAGGCUCUGGACAGCAACAGAGCUGCGGGAACUUGUCUUUUCUCCGGGCCUCAGCUGCUAGUCAGCGAAGAGAAAUCAAACGUUUUUUCCUACGUGAACUGAGUGAAGGAGCCCUAGGAGAAACCUUUGCCUGCAAAGUGUGAACCCUGAGCUCUGGCUCCACCCCGAGAAGCCUAGUCAGCCUUAUCAACAGGACCUGCCAGCUUCCUGAUCCAGCUCAUAAGACAAUUCUCUGCUUUCUCAGAACGUUUCUGCACCAACUAUGGCAACUUUUGUGGAGCUCAGCACGAAAGCCACGAUGCCCAUUGUGGGCCUGGGGACCUGGAAGUCUUCCCCAGGCAAAGUCAAAGAAGCUGUGAAAGCAGCCAUCGAUGCAGGAUAUCGCCACAUCGACUGUGCCUUUAUCUAUCAGAAUGAGAAUGAGGUGGGAGAAGCCAUCCAAGAGAAGAUCCAAGAGAAGGCCGUGAGGCGGGAGGACCUCUUCAUUGUUAGCAAGUUGUGGUGCACAUUCUUUGAGAAAAGCCUAGUGAAGGAGGCCUGUCGGAAAACCCUGAAGGACUUGAAACUGGACUACCUGGACAUCUACCUCAUUCACUGUCCACAGGGGCUUCAGGCUGGAAAGGACUUCUUCCCCAAAGAUGAUAGAGGCAGUACCAUCCCCAGUAAAGCGACGUUCUUGGAUACAUGGGAGGUCAUGGAACAGCUGGUAGAUGAGGGUUUGGUGAAAGCCAUUGGCAUCUCCAAUUUCAACCACUUCCAAAUUGAAAAGCUUUUGAACAAGCCUGGACUGAAAUAUAAACCAGUCACUAACCAGGUGGAGUGUCAUCCAUACCUCACCCAGGACAAACUGAUUCAGUACUGCCACUCUAAGGGCAUCACUGUCACUGCCUACAGCCCUCUGGGCUCUCCAGAUAGACCAUGGGCCAAGCCAGAGGACCCGUCACUGCUGGAAGAUCCCAAGAUUAAGGAGAUUGCUCUGAAACACAAUAAAACCACAGCCCAGGUUCUGAUUCGAUUCCAUAUCCAGAGGAAUGUAGCAGUGAUCCCCAAGUCUGUGACCCCGGCACGCAUUGUUGAGAACUUUCAGGUCUUCGACUUCAAGCUGAGCAAUGAGGAGAUGGCGGCCAUCCUCAGCUUCAAUAGAAACUGGAGGGCCUGCACUUGGGCUUUUGCUGAAGAUUUGGAGGAAUAUCCCUUCCAUGAGGAAUACUGAGGCUGAGUCUCCCAGUGAGAUUAUCUGGUAGAUGCUCCUUUAUCAUUGAAGUGAAACCCACGUCUCUGUUUUAGUCAAGCUUAUCUGGAAUCCUGCUGUGCUUGGCCUUGUUGCUGGCAGACCUGAGAUAAUGUUCUUUUCCCAUCCAGGUGUUCAGCCAGGAGCAGACCAUCCCUGAGAAAUGGGACUUGGAUAAGCCAAUGACUACUUUUUUUUCACUUGUUUGUUGUGGCAAAAUGAGUGCUAAAUGCCAGAAACUCUCAAAAUUGAGGUUACAAAGAUAACAACAAUAAAAUAUAAUAAACAGUAAAAUAUAAUAAUAGUAA